GCGUUUUUCGCUCUCCCCUUUAAUUGUGUCAAAUACUCAUGUUUGUGUUAGUGUGAUUGUCAUGAUUAGUGUCCGUGUCAUUUCUGCCAAAAUUUGCCUCUUUUACUGAUUGUUCCACAUGCCACUACCGUUACAAUAUGAGAAUCCUAAACAGGGUGAAAUUUUAUUUUUCUCAUCAAACACCUUUAAUAAUUGGUUGCUGUAUAGGUAUAACAUUGUCAUUAAUUUUAAUUCCUGUAUUAGAAGAACACUGUUUCUCUCAUUCCCCGAACGAAAUUAUUUCAGUUAUGCGAUCAGAGCCCUCAGAAAUUCUGCCAGUAACAGUUGACGAAUAUGAACCUGUUCUUAAUCUAAAUAACAAACCGAAGAAAGCAUUACGAGCUGAAAAAAUUCAAGUUCCUCGCGCUAGAUAUUAUUCAACAGAACUGGGCAUCCGAGAAAAGUUAUUUGUUGGUAUAUUAUCGACGCCAGAUUCUAUAUUAACCUUUGGUUCAGCAUUAAAUAGAACCCUAAGUAAACAUGUGAAUAAAAUAGUAUUUUUCCUUGAAGGUGCAGAACUAGAAAUUUCUGAAUCAAAUGUUGGCUCAGUAGUAGGAUUUCCAGAUAAGAGAGAAAUUCUUGCUCCUUUUAAUAUGUUGCAAUAUAUUGCAGAAAAUUUUCUUGAUGAAUAUGAUUUUUUCUUUUUUACUAAAGAUACGACUCAUAUCAGAGGAAAGAAUCUCUUUGAUUUAGUCAGUCAUAUCAGUAUAACACAAAACGUUCAUCUGGGUGAACCAUUAGAUGUUGAUUCAUUGUAUUGUACUUUAGAUGCGGGUAUCUUGCUUUCACAUUCAGUGUUAUCCAGAACUGUCCGAAACUUGGAAUGGUGUAUACAACAUACAUUUUCACAAAGCAACAGUAAUAAUUUUGGAAGAUGUAUUUUGCAUGGCACUGAUCACCCAUGUGUCUCAUCUGUACAAGGUCAAAGUUUUAUAUCUCAUCAUGUAUCAAAAUUUGACAGUUUGGAAUCAUCAAUUCAAAAAUCAUCCUGGCCAAAAGAUCUAAAGUAUGCACUGACUGUUUAUUCAGUUUCAAACCAAGAAGAACAUUUUCUGAUACAUCACUAUUUUUGCCAACAAGAGCUUAUUGACAACCAACAUAAAUUACAAAAAAUACAACUAAAAAUCUCUAAUCUUAGUUCGUUUCUUCCUGUAAAUUUUAGCAAGACAUCUUGGCCAGUGGGAAUAGAGCCUCCUUUCAAACCCCAUGGUCGUUUUGAUGUUUUACCUUGGGUAUAUUUUAAUACAACGCACAAUUUCUUUCCAAAUGAGUUGCAAGUUGUGUCUGAACUUAAAGGCUUAAAUAAGUUAGAAAUCCAGGAUUUGCUUAAAUGUACUGUGCAUUGGGUAAAAGCAAAAUAUAAUGAUAAAUACAUCUACCAGAAGUUGGUAAAUGGUUAUAAGCGAUUUGAUCCUACAAGAGGCACAGAGUACAUCCUUGAUAUGUUUUUCUUAGAAGAUGCAACUGGGCAAGAGAUGUUAAAAAGAAUUGCCGCUGUUAGGCCUCUGAAUGAAGUGGAAAUUAUUCCAGUGCCUUUUGUUACUGAACACACCAGAGUUGUUCUUUUAGUACCUGUCAAAGCUAGUGAGCGGAAUGAAGCACUUAGAUUUCUAGAAGAUUAUGCCAAAGCCUGUAUAGAAAAGCAAGAUAGCACAGUAAUGUUAUUAGUGUUUCUGUAUGGUCCUCAAGAUCCUGGUAAAGGUGAAAAGGAAGAUGUAUUUGGGCCUGUAAAAGAUUUAGUCAACACAUAUGUAAAUAAGUACCGUUCCAACGGUGCUAAAAUUGCAUGGUUUAGUGUCAAAACUAUCGGGAAAAUGCCACCUUAUUUUGCAAUAAUUGAUUUAGUAUCAAGAAAAUUGUCAGCGGAAUCAUUAUUACUGUUAUGCCAUGUUGGCAUGGAGAUACGUCCAGAAUAUAUAAACAGAGUGCGAAUGAACACAAUUCUUAAAACACAAGUAUUUUUUCCCGUUCCUUUCCGUCAGUACCAUCCAGCUUUAGCCUAUAAACAUAUUACCCUUCCAGAUAAUGUUGAAGUGAAGAAAGAUUUGGGUCAUUUUGAUGUCCAAAGUUUUGAACAUGCAAGUUUCUAUCUUGCUGAUUAUUUAGCCAUAAGAAAGGAAAUGGAGAGUAAAAUUUCACUGAUUAAACUGGAUAAAGAUCUCAGAAAUGAAUAUCUUUAUAGCUUGCAUUUUGACUUAUUUGAAAUGUUCCUGCAAUCAAAACUUCAUGUUAUGCGAGCAGUCGAACCUGAUUUAAGGAUAAGGUUUAAAUUUGAUAUGUGUGAUUUAGAAUCAAAUGUUUUAACAUAUCAAGAAUGCUUACAUAAUAGAGAACAAAAUUUGGGAACGAAGUCACAAAUGGCUGCAGCAAUCCUGUCCCAUGCAGAACUUGAUACUAAAGAUGGUUUCCAGUUUAAUGGUAUUUUAUAGGAAUGUUUCUAUCAAAAUAUUAUGCUUCCUUUCUUUUUAAAAAUUUUACAUGUCUGAUUCUUGCCAAAAGAAUAAUUUUAUGUUCUUUCUGCAGAACUGUGCCAAAAAUAUCCAGGUUUUAUCUUAUUAGUCUUAUUCACUAUUUAUGUUGUGCCACUUUUAAAAAACAAUGUUUGUUCCUUCAUUAUGGAAUAUUCACUCAAAGUAUUUUUGAUUUUCUUUCUGUUUUUUAAUUAUAUGAUACAAAUUUCAUCUCUGUUGAAACUGUUUGAAGUUUGUUGUUAUUUAAACUUGGGAUGCAAACUUCUUGAUGAUGUAAAUUUUAAUUUAAAGGGCAGUCAGUAAAAAAAAAAAAAAAAAAAAAAAAAAGGCAUUUUUCACUGCAAAAAAUAGUUCACAGAUUUUUAAAAAAUAUAUAUUUUUAUUAGUUUAAAUCAUAGAAAUAUAAAAGGUUAUAAUGAUUCAUAAAUUUUAUUACUUAAAAACAUGUUUUCACUUGAAAUUUGCCCUCUAAUUUAUUUUUUGGUGUUUGCUAUUAUCCUACU